UACCACACCCUAUCCUUCUACAGCUUCUUCCCGAUCCCUGCCACCGAAACCACAAAGCUGCGUGACGAGCUGCAAAAAGAAUGGACCGGCAAGCUGCGCAUUCUCGGCCGCAUCUACGUAUGCGAGCAAGGAAUCAAUGCGCAAAUCAGCGUGCCGGUGGAAAAUACCGCGGCAUUGCGCCAGUGGCUGGAAAACCACCAACUGCUGUGCGGCCGCAUUCCGAGAUUCAACUGGGCUAUUGAGCAACGCAGAGCGUUUAGUGCUUUGCACGUGCGCGUGCGCCCAUUGGUCGCCACCGGGUGCCCAGUGACCCUGGAUGAGCUAGGCCACGAGCCGGAAUAUCUGGACCCGGCGCAAUGGGACCGCGAACUUCAACAGAACGAGGGCACGCAGCAGCAGCAGCCAUUGCUUAUUGAUAUGCGCAAUUCGUACGAGUUUCGCAUUGGUAAAUUUACCGGCGCCAUUUGCCCCGAUGUCGACACAUUCAGGGAGGAGAUGGACGCUGUGCGCGAGAUAUGCACGGACAAGGAAAAACCCAUUUACAUGUACUGCACCGGCGGAAUCCGCUGCUCUGUGGCCGGCGCCCUGCUCAAGGCUGAGGGAUAUAAGAGUGUCAAGACACUGCGUGGCGGCGUCAUCGCCUACGGCCACCACGUGAGGCAGCCCGCUGAGCAGAGUAAUGCAAAGCAUUCGCUGUUCCGUGGCAAAAACUUUACAUUCGAUAAGCGCCUGGGCGAAGAAGUCACGGAGGAAGUCCUCGCGCAC